GUGCCCUGUGGCGGGAGCUAGGGGGCGUUUGGAAUCUCCCCGCGGGCGGCCCUAUGACCCUGGGGCCGGAGGAAACCCCCCAGCAAACCGCCUCCCGCCCUCCGCGCGGCCUGCAGCCCGUUCCCCGCCCUAGCAAGCGGCUGGAGCAGGACUUCGCUGCUCCGGGCCCCCCGCCUGGGGGGAUCGGGCGGCAGGACAAGACCAGGGAUUGACCCCCGCCCCGAUCUGAGCCGUCGGGGGUGGGGCCUUUCCGAAUCUAAGAUGGCGGCGGCAGGGUCACGUAGUGGGCGCUGAGGCGCUGGCUCGCAGCGGGAUCCGGGACAUGGCGGCGGCGGUGGGAGCUGAGGAGGAAGAGGAGGAGCAGGAACAGCUGGUCGUGGUAGAAUUAUCAGGAAUUAUUGAUUCAGACUUCCUAGAAAAAUGUGAAAACAAAUGCAAGAUUUUGGGAAUAGACACAGAGAGGCCCAUUUUGCAAGUGGACAGAUAUGUCUUUGCUGGGGAGUAUGAAGAUACCCUUGGAACCUGUGUGGUGUUUGAAGAAAAUGCAGAACAAGUGGACGCAGAAGGAAACCAAAAGCUACAGCUGAAAUACAAAUGCCACACAAUGAAGAAGCUGAACAUGACACGGACGCUUCUGACUGAAAAGAAGGAAGGAGAAGAGAGUGUAGGUGGUGUGGAGUGGUUACAGAUUAAAGACAAAGAUUUCUCAUACAGCAGACCUAAUAUGAUUUGUAGUUUUCUGCACCAAAAGGAAGAUUCUGAGGAGGCAGCUCAGGCCCAGGACAAACUGGCAGACGAAUUGGAGGGAGAGGUCAGUGACAAAGGGAACUCUGGCCUAACUUACGAACUGGAGAAGCAGCAUAGCAUGGAAAUGGAUGACUCUAUCCCUCUCCUUGAUAGCCCUGCCUCUGAAGCAGAAAACUCUCCUUCAGGAAGUGCCCAAGACAAUACCUUAGAUGAUGCUCCUAGGUGAUGUCAAGUCUGCAGCGUCUAGAAGUGAGGAUGAAUAGAAUUAGUUAAUAUUAUGAACCAAAUUUUUAAAGUCACCUCAACCUGACCUCCACUUUAUGGGAGUAAUUAAUAGUGAGUGCAAAACUGCACCCACAAAUUUGGAAGCCAUUUUUGGGUCUUGAAUGUGAUGAUUUUAGUAUCUGUCUCUGUGUUAAAUAUACAUACAUUUCCAGCUAGCAUCUUUACCUCUGAGUUGAAGCACAGGAACAAAUGACUAAAUGAGAAGGAGACACCACAGAAAAACUCUGAUGCAUUGCACGUCCAUGAAUAUCAAUAAAAGUAAAUCUUUUCUUUGUAAGAUAUCUAUUGCAAAAUAAAGCCUUGACAUUUUCAGUUAUUA